AGUAAAUAUCUUCGGUAACAUCCAUAAACAUGCCAUGAUAGUUUUGUACACCCAAUAAUCGUUCAAACUUACUGAUCCAAUUUGCUCAAAAUGAGUUCGGCGCUUUUCAAGUUUCUCUUUUUACAUGCUAAUUUUAUCUAUUUUGGCUCGGUUUGUGCUCGAUUUGUGGACUUUCCGCAAUGCACUGCAGUUGCACCAGCAGAAAUAUCUUCGGACUUCUACCACGGCAGGUGGUUCGUGAUCAAAACAGCAGUGGGAACGGAGCAGUUGGGAGCCACGUGCACUUCUGUCCAGUUCACACUUGUCGCGAUGAGUAAAACUGACUAUUGGUUCUUGGCUGUGAACCUUACGGUCUUCAAUGGAGUGGACAGGUACAUCAGCCGAGUAGAUGUGACCCAGAAAGCGAGCCACAACUCAGUAGGAAGUUUCAUCAUAGACCCCGACGACAAGUACCCCUCGCAUGUACAACCCAACUUCUUCCUCGUCCAUCAGGGGUCCAAGUUCGCCCUGCUGUACCAUUGUCAGCAGAUUAGAGGGCAUAAGAUAACAGGUGUCUGGGUUUUGUCACGUGACCGCAAUCCAGACCCGUAUAACGUGCGGCUUAUUGUGAACUUGCUGGAAACAAAAGGAAUUUUCACCCCUCUCGUGACACUGGAGCAGAAGAGGUGUCCACGUCUUCCUGACGAAUUAAAUGAUUGAUACUUUAAAUACUUUUUUCUCAAGGUUAUUCUAAGAAACUGGAGUAAAA